AUGGUAAAAGCAUGGCUUCUCAACUCUUUUUCAAAAGAAAUUUUUGCUAGUGUUCUCAUUUGUGAUGUUGCUCGAGAUAUCUUGAUAGAUUUGAAGGAGCGUUUUUCUCAAGUUAAUGGUCCUAGGAUGUUUCAUCUUGAACAAGAAAUCCAUAAUCUUGUUCAAGAUAACACGUCUGUGGCCACCUAUUUUACAAGGCUGAAAUUGCUAUGGGAUGAGCUGUCGUCUCUUCAGUCUAAUCUAUUUAAGGGAGAUGUUGCUCCAUACCAACAGUAUCAAUGCACCAUUAAGUUCCUUAUGGAACUUAAUGACUCCUAUGGUGCGAUUCGUGGCCAGAUUCUCUUGAUGGAUCCUUUGCCCACGAUUAACCGCAUCUAUAAUUUAGCUUUUCAAGAAGAUUGUCAACAGGACAUCUAA